GUUGUCAUCGCGCUUGACGGAGAGGGAGUCUGAGAGGCUCCGUGCACAAAUUUCACCGUUGACUGGAUUGUUUAUGUCUCGGGGUUUCAGCACCGAGCAAGGAGAUGACUGUGUGAUUCGUGUUUUAAAUCGUACUUCUGUAUCUCAAGUGGAAGGGAAACAGAUGUAUAGAUUAAAUCAGAUGUAUUGGUGCUGCUCCUAAGUUGUGUCCUCGUCCAGCCCUUAAAUGUUGGUGAUGGUGGCAUUGAUGAUCAAUGCGUGAGGAGAAAGCGCCGGUGGUCCUCUUGCCGCACUGCACACUUCCUCAUGGAUUCCAGCAAUGAUGAUGCACUUGAUAUCAUUAUCACCAAUGUGGUGGCAACCUUCAGGACCAGGUGCCACCUCAACCUACGCACCAUUGCCUUAGAGGGAAUCAACGUCAUCUAUAAGCCAGAAGUAGGGAAAGUUCUGAUGAAGCUUCGUAAACCCAAGAUAACAGCCUCAAUCUGGUCCUCAGGGAAAAUCAUCUGCACUGGAGCAACAAGUGAGGAUGAUGCGAAGCGGGGUGCUCGCAGGUUAGCACGCUGUCUGCAGAAACUGGGCUUCAAGGUGAGGUUUUCAGCCUUCAAAGUCGUGAACGUGCUGGCAGUGUGCUCCAUGCCGUUUGCAAUCCACCUUAUAGACUUCACUAAGAAAAACCGACCUAUUGCCAGUUAUGAACCAGAGCUCCAUCCUGCUGCCACGUACAGGAUCAAAAGCAUCAAGGCUACUAUACAGGUGUUCUCUACUGGCAGCAUCACAGUAACAGGACCAAAUGUGCAGACUGUGGCCACAGCUGUGGAGCAGGUCUACCCACUACUGUUCGAGUGUAAGAGACCCCUCUGCAAAUAAAACAAAAGGUCAAAGACAGAAAGACAUGAAAGAAAGGAAGUGAAGAAGCACCUAAUCCUCUCAUUUAUUUGCUUGAUUUGAAACUCUACGUGGCAACAUCCCUAAACGUCAAACAAGAUCAGAGGACUGGAUGUCGACUGGACUUAUUUUUAAAUUCUCAACAACCCCGGUUGGAGACUUAAAUUUUCCCUCUUACUUAAAGUUGGUCCUGUCCUGGAAUGUGUGGCUCUUGAGACUCAAAAAGCCUCAACCUGCCGCUUUUUAAAGAAAACCUUUGGGGGAAAGUGAUCGUCAGUAUCAGACUCAUACUGAAAGUCAUUUGAUGUCUGUGUUAUUGCAUGGCCACUGAAAGACACGUCUUCACCGAUCUCCAUUGCAAGGAGUCUGUAUGCUUACACUGAGAAGCCUCACCUUUAACCCUCCAUAUACCAUUACAAGACGUCCCAUUUCUCCACUUUCUCUGGAAAAAAUCUCCGUCCAUGGCUUGUUUUUUAGGUGUUAAAGCUUAUCCAAGGCAUUCAAUGUUAUGAAUAUUUCUGUCCGUACGGCAGUCAAAGCAUAGUCUGGGUCUGGACUGUUCCACAGAGGGCGAGCUGAUCCAUAUGCAGGUCACACAUCUGCUCACCAAACACAUGGACGUCUAAUUUAACUAUUUUUUCAUAUUUUUUGUACUUUUUGUGGUCGACAGUUCUGCAUACAUUUAAUCUUGUUUGUUUCAAACUUCAGCAUCCGAUCAUAAUGCACACAUUAUAUGUUUUUAAUUCUCUGCCGUCUAUGAUAUUUCACACACAAGGCAAACUUGAAAAUGUUAAUAUAGGCUGCUAAUCUCUCUUAAAGGAACACAACAAAGAUAUAUUUUAGAUGUUUUAGACUGUCAAGAAAAGGUCUGAAGAAGUCAGGAACAUGUUUUUUUAACCCCUGAAUGCUGUUACUACAACACAGCCACUAGUAAGUCCCAGUAUAGUGGCAACAGAGAAUCAAGCUGUUUAAAAAAAAGCUAAUCAUCAGGCAGAUUCACUUUUAAGUCUGUAGUUGGUCUCGGAGAUAACUGUAAAGGUACAACAAGUUUUCAGAAUGUGUCAUGUUAAUGUGAAGAAGUCAUUAUAACAAAAGCAUCCACUUACACAAAGGUGUUGAGCAGAUAUUUUUCUAUCACUGUCCCAUGUCGAGAUUUGGAGAUGAACUCAUACACAUUCUUAAGAAAGUGUUCAAAGAGGUCAUGCUCACACCAUUAACCCUCAACUGUCUGAAUAACCAACCAUCUGUGGAUUGAACAAGAGAAAAAACACAACGAAUGGUGAAGUGUUUUGAAAUGGGAUCCUACUGAGGGGCAGUUGAUGUGUAUGUUAUAUGUAUAUAGUGAAAGCAUCGGAUGGAAAAGGUGUCGGCCAAAACUUUGACGUCAUUUCAGAACUGUGGGAUGGACUGUGUGAUCCAGUGUGAAUUAAAGAUUUGUGACAUUUGUGCAGGAUUUUGUAUUUUGUAUAAAAAUAAAUGAUUAAACAGGCCACAACAGGA